AUGGAGUCUGUCAUUCAGCAGUCCCGGGCUAUGUGCCCAUUCCUUAAGCGCACUGCUCCCGCUGCUCUGCGCACCCUCUCUACGGCUGCUCGUCCCAGCACUGGUGGUGGUACCAUGUCCAACCUCCAAGUUUUGGCUCGCCGCUGCCCUAUUAUGAGCAAGGCUCUUGCCGUGCAAAGUGCUCGCAUGGGUGGCACUAAGCACUUCACCUCUUGUGCUGCCGGCGUCCCCAAGCCAUUCCGAGCCCCAGCUAAGCGGGCUUUGCAUACCACCGGCGGCAACCCCGCCAGUCUGGAGCCCGGCACUUACGAGAAGAGUGAACAAGUCCAUCCUACCCUUGCUCGUAUCAAACCUUCUAGUACCGCAAAUGCGGCAGCGGCUGUCCACGCUCCGUGUCCCAAUGUCCCGAUAACUUCCCGCUUCGACUAUAAUGCAUUCUAUAACAAUCAACUGGAGUUGAAGCACAAGGACAAGUCCUACCGCUACUUCAACAACAUCAACCGUCUGGCCAAGGAGUUCCCCCGCGCUCACACUGCCUCGACGGAGGAUCGUGUAACAGUCUGGUGCUCUAACGAUUACCUCGGCAUGGGUCGUAAUCCCCACGUCCUUGAGAGCAUGCACCAGACUUUGGAUACCUACGGUGCCGGUGCUGGUGGUACUCGCAACAUCUCGGGUCACAACAAGCACGCUGUUGCGUUGGAAAACACGUUGGCAAAGCUGCAUGGUAAGGAGAGUGCGCUUGUCUUCGGUUCCUGCUUCGUGGCCAACGAUGACACUCUUACUACUCUUGGUAGUAAAAUGCCUGACUGUGUCAUUCUCUCCGACAGUCUCAACCACGCUUCCAUGAUCCAGGGUAUUCGCCACUCCGGUGCGAAGAAGAUGGUUUUCAAGCACAACGAUUUGGUGGAUUUGGAAACUAAGCUGGCCUCUCUGCCGCUUCAUGUGCCCAAGAUCAUUGCUUUCGAGUCUGUGUACAGCAUGUGUGGUUCUAUUGCCCCGAUCGAGAAGAUUUGUGAUCUGGCCGAGAAGUACGGCGCUAUCACUUUCUUGGAUGAGGUUCAUGCCGUCGGCAUGUAUGGACCACACGGAGCCGGUGUUGCCGAGCACCUGGACUACGAUAUUUACGCUUCACAGGAUACUGCAGCGCCCCAGAGCACUAAGGGAACUGUCAUGGACCGUAUUGAUAUAAUUACCGGUACCCUAGGCAAGGCGUACGGCUCUGUCGGCGGAUACAUCGCCGCUUCAGCCAGUCUUGUUGACACCAUCCGCUCCCUAGCACCUGGAUUCAUCUUCACCACCACUUUGCCACCUGCCACCAUGGCCGGUGCCGACACCGCCAUCAGAUACCAGUCUCAGGAAUCCCGCGACCGGGUCCUGCAGCAACUCCACACUCGCGCCGUCAAAUCGGCUCUGAAGGAACUGGACAUCCCCGUCAUUCCCAACCCAUCCCACAUCGUGCCUCUAUUGGUCGGUGACGCCGAGCUGGCCAAACGUGCUUCAGAUAAACUUCUCAAAGAGCACGGGAUCUACGUGCAGGCCAUCAACUACCCCACUGUCCCCCGCGGUGAAGAGCGUUUGCGCAUCACUCCCACCCCCGGCCACGUCAAGCCACUGCGCGACCACCUCGUCCAAUCUGUGCAGGCUGUCUGGAACGAACUGGGCAUCAAGCGCGCCAGCGACUGGCAAAGCAUCGGCGGUUUCGUCGGUGUCGGCGUCGAGGGCGCCGAGGCCGCCAACCAGCCUAUCUGGGAGGAUGCUCAGCUAGGUUUCUCAACUGAGGAGCCCCUCGAGAGCGCCAUUGCCCGUGAACUCAGCAAUGCUGCCACCAUCCCACCCAUGAAGACAUCUACCCCAGUCGCAACCCUUGCGCACUCUGGUAUUGCCUCCGCUCCCGUCGGCGUGGCCGCCUAA